UCCCACUACCACCUAUUAUGGUUGUUUGGCGCACUCCACCAGUUGGAUCCUACAAGAUCAACACUGAUGGAUGCGUCAAAGAUGGAUUUGUAAGUGGUGGAUGCAUCAUUAGGGACCACGCAGGAUACUGUAUCAGGGCAUUCUCAGCAUCGUAUGGCCCAUGUUUCAUUUUGGAGGCUGAGCUCAGAGCCAUACUAGAUGGGCUUCUAUUGGCCAGAGGACUUGGGAUUUCAGCUAUCUGGCUUGAGGCAGAUUCAACAUUGGCUAUUCACUGCAUCACCAAAGGUGGAGGACCAUGGUCGAUCCAGGGUAUUCUCAGACAGAUCAGAGACUUCAUUUGCUUCGAUAGAGACACAGUUUCUCACAUCUACAGAGAGGGUAACCAGGUUGCAGAUUCUCUUGCUUCAGAAGGCUGGGAUCACCAGCGCUACCAAGAAUAUGGACCACUUGACCUGCCUCGACAGAUUAGGGCAUUGGUACAAAUCGACAGAUAUGGAUUGCCCAGCUUUAGAGGUUUGUAGUUUAGGCAAUCAUUAUUUCAUUUUUCUUGUACAAGGAAGUAGUACUUCCUCAUUUACUUUAUUCGUUUUUAAUAUUUCAUUUGUUGCACUGUUGCUUUUUGGAGGUCAGGUUUAUGCCCCCCUCCUUCCCUGUACUUUUGAUUUCUAUGAAAUAAACAUGGUUGGGGAACCCUUAACCCCCAUCGACCUUCCUUGGUGGACCCUAAAAAGUCAUUAAGGAUGUGUGGAUGUCUUU